AUGUCGCGGCUCUACGCUGCUGGCCUUCAGGCAUACUCCUCGCCUCUCGCGGUACUACCUCGCAGAGACACCACGGAGCCAGAUCCGUCGUUGUACUAUUACGCCGAGCUCGCAGGAAAGACCUACAUCAACAAGGGUCUGGUCGCUUACGGAUUCAUCCCGUCGAAUGCUACGGACAUCGUGGGCGACACCAUCGGCGGUAUCGGAAGUGCGAUCGGGCUCAAGCCGUACACGUGGACCGCGAGCAACGGCACAUUCUCGGGGAUGCUAAUCGUCCAACCCGAUCGUGGGUACAACGUCCAGGGUCCGGUGAACUACCAAGGUCGGGUGCACGAAUACGCGUUCGUGCUUCAGCCGUACUACGGCACGGACAACCUUUCGUACGAUGGCGCGGCGGAGACUUUGCAGCUAACCUACCUCAGUACAACGCUACACUACGACCGCGGGGGCGUGAACACGACCGGGCUCGACACGCUCGCCGUGCGUGCAGCAUCGGCGAGGUACCCCCAGCUGGCCGACGCGGACCCGCAGAUGCCCGUCGCGACGGUACAGGACCCGCGGCUGUGCCUCGAUGCGGAGGGGCUCGUUGCGGAUGCGGAUGGCUCUGUGUGGACGAGCGACGAAUACGGCCAGGCGUUUCUCCCCUACACCUCGGACGGGAUGCUCAACUUCACGUCGGAGACAGAGCCCACGACUGGGCGCGUCGGGAACCAAGGCUUCGAGGGCCUAUCCCUCGACAUCUCUGCUCGCAGGCUCUACGCGCUCCUCCAGUCGCCGACGGUGCAGGACGGCGGGCUUCUCUCGAACCCAUCGCCAUACACGCGCCUACUCGCGUUCGACGUCUCGGACCCGAACGAACACCCACCCGUUGUCGGCGAGUGGGUUGUUCCCCUCCCACUCUCAAACUCGGGCAGCAACCUGUACGCCGCGAGCGAGGUGCACUUCGUCGCGCCAGGCGUAUUCCUCGUGCUAUCGCGCGAUGGGAAGGGCGAGGGCGGGUCGUCAGACAAGUCCAAGUACAAGCAGGCGGACCUAUUUGACAUAAGCAACGCGACGGACGUGAAUACACCAUUUUUCAACGCCCCUGGUGGCGCAGUCUCGCCUGGGGGCACGCUCAAUUCGACUAUCACACCUGCGACGUACGUCUCGUUCGUCGACUACCUGAAUGCGACGCAGCUGGCGCGGUUUGGGCUGCACAAUGGUAAACCGGACGACGACACACUAAUUGAUAGGAAAUGGGAGUCGCUCGCGCUCGCGCCCGUCGGAGAUCCAGCAUAUCCGGAUGACUACUUCCUCUUCACCGCCGCGGACAACGACUUCCAGACGGAGGAUGGGGUGUCGGUCGGGGUUUCGUACGACGCUGGGCUGAACGAGAAUACCCAGUUUAUGGUGUUUAGAUUGACACUGCCUGGUGCGGCACCACAGUUGGAUUGUUAG